AUGCACCACAAACUCCUCCUAACAAUCUCUCUCCUCCCCACUCUCUACGGAGCACCUGCACCUGCACCUGUCCCAGACGUAGCAAAUGAUAAUCAUUCACCUUACUACUCUCAACCCUCCGUCUCUGUCCCUUCUCUUCCUGCCCCAGCCGUCCCAUCAGUUCCUGCUGCUGGUGGUAGUACUGGUAGUAGUGAUCCACUUGGACAAGGUGGUCUUUUAGGUGGUCUCCUUGGUGGUCUUGGUGGUCUAGGUGGUGGUGGUGGAACUGCUCCAGUUGCAAGUAUCCCAGCUUUGCCUGCUCCAAGUGUGCCAAUUUUGCCGACAAGUCAUAAUUAUCCUACACCUGUUCCGCAGGUUUCGGCUACUUUGCCUCUGGGUGGAGGAGGUCCAGUUGUUUCUGCUACGAUUCCUAUCGGUGGAGGAGGUCCAGUUGUUUCUGCUACGAUUCCUAUCGGUGGAGGAGGCCCAGUUGUUUCUGCUACAAUCCCUAUCGGUGGUGGAGGUGUUUCGAUUGGUGGCGGCGCAUCGGCUUCUGCUACUAUUCCUAUUAUUUCUGCUACUCUUCCAGCUGUUGGUGGUGGCUCAGGAUCGAGUGUGGGAUAUAAUGGUGGUGGCGCUAGUGGAAGCAGUGGAAGUGGACCUGGCAUAUCUGUUUCAGUACCUAUUCCAACCGGUGGUAUUUCAGUUGGUGUUGGAACUUCAGAUGCAGUCACUGCUUCACUUCCUGGUGCUACUAUUUCUAUAACACAGCCUGUUGGACCAAUUGCUACUUCUGAUUCUGCAUCGACUGGUUGUCCGGCUGAGGAUUUGUCGACGUAUUCACUUGUGAUUGCUUCUACUGUUCCUCAGAUAACAACUACUAUCUCACAUUUUACUGUUCCAGUCGUUGAAACAAUCUACACAAACUAUGUGCAGGUUAUUUACUCGACGGUUACUAUUCCAACUACAGUGUUGAAGACGAGUCAAAGUACUGGAACUACAACAAUUGUUGCUACUUCUAUCGUUACCAGUCUUCAAACCUCUCUAACAGCCAUUUGUCAAGGUGGCGAUUUCCCUGCAGCUCCCACUGGUUCUGGUUCUGUGCCAAGUGGAUCUAGUGCCAAUGGUGCUGCAAGCUCAAGUGCACCAGGUGCUACCAUUAGUGUUGGACUUCCAAAUGGUGGAAGUGGAAGUGGAGGAAGCAGUGGAUCUGGAACUCCAACAGGGGGAAGUGGAAGUGGAAAUGGGAAUUAUGGUGGAUAUUACUCCAGAAUCUGA